AAGAGUAGCUUUAGAACGAGAGAGCAAUAAGUAAGUGUCUACUGUGUGCCAGCACCUUCCAUACAUUAUUUCCAAUUCUGUCAACCUCUUAAUCAUACUGAUGAGGACCCUCACCCGAAGAGCCCAAGGGCACACACUGUCAGAGCCCAUUUGCUUUUCCUGGCUGAAAACCAAAUGGGUUAAGGAUGAAAUCAUGGAGGUAGAUCAGAGAUCGAUUCCUAAAGGGGAUGUUCCCUAACCUUUAAGGUCAGCAUUUUGCAAGUCAGCCACACUAACCGUUCCUCUGUGGGCCCCAAUGUCUGGGUCCCCAUGGCAGCCAGGGCUGCUCUAUGGGUCUGCCAGUGCUUGGGUUUCUCCAGGGCCCUGCUCUCAACAUACACAGAAAUGGUUCCCAGAGAAGUGACUGCAUUCCCACCAAGGCUGGCUUUGUCUACUCAGGGUCCGGAGGCCGAGGGAGCUCCGAAGGGGAGACAGGUCACCUCUGCCGUCCUGACUGGUCCCAGGCCGCCCGAGCUUCCCUCACCCUCCAGCAGAGGUCACCUCCUGGGGAGACUCCGGGCCUUGGCCUGCAUCCCAGGUUUGCAGUUGUGAUUUAUUUCUGGUACGUCAGCCUUCCGUCACCAAGUGGCAAAGCCCGAAAGCCGAAGGAGGAGCAGCAAGAUAUCUUACUGUGGCCACGAGCGUCUGCGGGGGAGCCACUUCAGCGCUCAACUGUCCCCACUCCCCAAGGGGCUCUGAGAACUUCAGGAUUCCUGUCACAUUCACUCCGGGGCCUGCGAGGACCUAACAAGCCCCUGAGAAUCACCCCGAGUUGCUGAGCAUGACCCGGGACGAGGCACUGCCAGACUCAUACUCAGCACAGAGCUUCUAUGAGAACUAUGAGCCCAAGGAGAUCCUGGGCAGAGGAGUGAGCAGCGUCGUCAGGCGCUGUAUCCACAAGCCCACAUGCCAGGAGUAUGCUGUGAAGAUCAUUGACAUCACUGGAGGAGGCAGCUUCAGCCCUAAGGAGGUGCAGGAGCUGCGGGAGGCCACACUGAAGGAGGUGGACAUCCUGCAUAAGGUCUCAGGGCUCCCCAACAUAGUACAGCUGAAGGACACUUAUGAGACCAACACUUUCUUCUUCUUGGUGUUUGAUCUGAUGAAGAGAGGGGAGCUCUUCGAUUACCUCACUGAGAAGGUCACUCUGAGUGAGAAGGAAACUAGGAAGAUCAUGAGAGCCCUGCUGGAGGUUAUCCGCAACUUGCACAAACUCAACAUUGUGCAUCGGGAUCUGAAGCCUGAGAAUAUCCUUCUGGAUGGCGACAUGAACAUCAAGCUCACCGACUUUGGUUUUUCCUGCCAGCUGGAGCCAGGAGAGAAGCUGCGAGAGGUCUGUGGGACCCCCAGUUACCUGGCCCCUGAGAUCAUCCAAUGUUCCAUGAACGAUGACCACCCAGGCUACGGGAAGGAGGUGGACAUGUGGAGCACAGGGGUCAUCAUGUACACCCUGCUGGCGGGCUCCCCGCCCUUCUGGCACCGGAAACAGAUGCUGAUGCUGAGGAUGAUCAUGAGUGGCAACUACCAGUUCGGCUCGCCUGAAUGGGAUGAUUAUUCAGACACUGUGAAGGACUUGGUUUCCCGCUUCUUGGUGGUGAACCCCCAGGGCCGCUGUUCAGCAGAAGAGGCCUUAGCGCAUCCCUUCUUCCAGCAGUAUGUUGUAGAAGAAGUGCGUCACUUCAGCCCCCGGGGCAAGUUCAAGGUGAUCGCUCUGACAGUACUGGCUUCAGUGCGGAUCUAUUACCAGUACCGCCGGGUGAAGCCUGUGACCCGGGAGAUCGUCAUCCGUGACCCCUAUGCUCUCCGGCCUCUGCGCCGACUCAUCGACGCCUACGCUUUCCGAAUGUACGGCCACUGGGUGAAGAAGGGACAGCAGCAGAACCGAGCUGCCCUCUUCGAGAACACACCCAAGGCUGUGCUCCUUUCCCUGGCUGAGGAAGACUACUGAGGGGCUGGCAGGCGGGGUCGGUAGGGUGGGCGACAGGCAAGGGGGGGGAAGCCCAGAAACGUAAGUUGAGGAGUAAGACCAUGCCCAGGCCUCUAUCCACAGGGGGCACUUGGCCCUGGCCAGGACCCCUGGCACUAGGGCCACCAUCCCCUCUCAGAGGCUCUGCACAGGAAGAGCAGGGUACUCCCAUCACACGUUGUAAGUGUGGUCAGGGCCAGGUCCUGUGGAGGGGCAACUAGCAUUUGGGUUUGAGAGCCUUCCUGCUUCUCUCCUUCCCAGCUGCACCACCAUCUCAGGUCCUGCCCCGAGACCCAGAGUUCCUGACACUCACAGGUACUUCCCUUAGGGUUCCAGGAGGAGGGUAAAAGAGAGGACAGUCUGAGAUACACAAUCGUGGAAAUUUUACUGACCCCGCAACACCCACUGACACCAUGGGAGCAGGUUCCUUUCCAGGGACAUGUGUUUAGAGGCAUAUGGAAGGCCUCAUAUAAUUAAUAAUAGAAAAGGAAGGUUCUGGUAUUUGUUUCUCUGGAGUGUUACUUACUUUGUGACUCCCACAAUGUAGUUUUGUCUAGUCCAUAAUUCAGUUCUCCUAGACCUUUUUUUUUUUAAGAUUUUA